CAUGGCGCCAGGAGCCUGAAUUGACGCUGCCUGUUCCCAACGUGAAGAAAGGAACCGGAGCUUCUCCGGAGUCCACGGAGACCGACACGGGGCCGCGUGCACGGGGAGAGGCGACACGCGCACAGUAAAGUAGGAGGAGCACGUUAUCCACCGGGAGUCUCACCGGGAGUCUCACCGGGAGUGGACCUCGCAGGCCACCGUCAUUCAAAACAUCCGCUCUUUUGACGAUAGGAUGUAUCUGCUGAUGACCUAAUCGUCCCCGAUGUCCGCCGUGUGUUGCAGCCAUGCUGACCUGUGACCUCUGCGGUGAGCACCUCCUGCUGGAGGAGGACAUGAAGACGCACCUCCUCCUCAGCCACCUGGAGGCCGGCGCCCGCUGCCCGCUCUGCUCCCUGUCCGGCGUGACCUACGACCAGCUCCGCCGCCACGUCGGCGCCGCCCACCCGGAGCAUCCGGCCGGUCCGUCCGCCGGGGAGGCCGCACGCGCCACUUGGACUACGACGUCAUCGCGGAGCCCGAAAACCAGACGGGCCGAGGACCCGGACGGAGUCGGAGACGAGGACCCGGACGGAGUCGGAGACGAGGACCCGGACGGAGUCGGAGACGAGCGCGGCGCCGACAAACAGACGCGUCUGUCUCCCCCGGGAGGCGGAGAGGCGAGGUGGGCGUGUCCUCUGUGCUCCGUCGUCUGCGGCGACGCCUCCUCCCUGCAGGAGCACGUGGAACUGCAUCUGGACCACGAAGCUGCUGCUGCGGCCUCUGCAGGGAGCCCCGGAUCCGACCUGAAGCUGGCCAGGAGGCUCCAGGAGGAGCAGGAGCAGGAGGAGGAGGAGGAGCAGCAGAGGAGGCUCCAGGAGGCGCGGAGGGAGAGAGAAGAGUUCAAGAAGCUGCAGGCUCAGUUCGGGCUGGACGGCCGCGGUGGCUACAGCCGGCAGAUGGAGAGGAGCCUGGAGGGGGCCGUGGCCCGGGGGCUCCUGGCCCCCCACGAGUUCCACUGCCGGAGGGCCGAGAUGAGGGAGGCCCUGGCCUCGGGGCUCGACGACGGCACGACCAGAACUCCAGGUGUGGUCGGGGCGCUGUAUGAAUAUUACCAGACGACGUGCAGCGACCGCGUCCACGUGUGGCUGAGCGCCGACGCCGACCACUACUGCUCGUCGGCGGGGGACCGAGGCUGGGGGUGUGGCUACAGGAACCUCCAGAUGCUGCUCUCCUCCCUGCUCGCCACGGAGGCGUACGCCCCCCUCCUGCAAGAGGGGGCGGUGCCGAGCAUCCCUCGGGUGCAGAGCAUGAUCGAGGAGGCGUGGCGAGCGGGGCUGGAUCCUCAGGGCGCCUCCCACUUCAACCAGCGGCUGCAGGGAACGCGGGCCUGGAUCGGAGCCACGGAGAUCUACAGCCUCCUCACCUCUCUGGGCAUCGGCGCCCGCAUCAUUGACUUCCACAAGCCCACGGGCCCCGGUGACACCCACCCCCGGCUGUUUGAGUGGGUGAAGCAGUACUUCCUGUCCGGCGGCGGGGGCAGCCGGCUGCCCCCCCGACUCGUCCGCACUGGCCUGCCGCCGCUUUACCUGCAGCACCAAGGUCACAGCCGCUCCAUCGUGGGCUUGGAGCAGAAGAGGAACGGGACCCUGGCCCUCCUGCUCCUGGACCCCGACACCUCGGCGGCGGACGUCAGGAAGCUGCUGAGCGGCGACACCGUGUCAGCGGCCGCACGCCACGUCAGGAGGUUCCCCGGCAGCCUCAAGCACCAACAGUACCAGGUGGUGGCGGUGCACGGCGUGAUGACCGCCGAGGAGAGACGGGUCAGCGCGGUGAACUCCAGGACGUUGUGUGCAGAGCGGAUCCCGUGAAGCGUCGCCUCCAUCUCAUUUGUUUUUUAUGCAUUUCAAUUUCUGGAUUUCAGGAACUAUUUAAGGUAUUCUAUCGCUAAUGAAUGAUGUAAUGUACACCUUUCUUAUAUUUUUAAAUAAAACUCUGUGAUACUU